AUGGAAGUCGAAGUAGCACCUCAUCCUGCAGCAGCAAAAGUCGUUGAUUUCGAAGACUGGGCUUGUAACUCUAAUGAGUGCACUGAAAUUAGUUUAGUUCACUUACAAAGAGGAGACAAUGAUUCCAAACAGCCUAUUAUCUCAACAGGAUUCAACCCUGAUUUUACUUAUUCUGUGUUUGGUGCUGCAGAAACAAUCUUUGGUUAUAAAAACUUAUCUAUUAAGAUCAAAUAUACAUCAGGAUCUUUAAAACCAUACGUAGAGAUCAACUACACAGAUAAAUAUAAAGCCCAAACACCAUCAUCUUCAACGAAAGCAGAGGUGGAAGCAGAUGAUAUUAAUGCAAUACUAGGUGAACUUCUGCCGAAAGAACGAAUAGACAAUUACCAUCAAUUUAUCGACGCUGUCAAACGGGAUUAUACCACCUUCAGACCUUUGGGUGACAAAGUGCAGGAAUAUACCAAAGAAAAUAACGAUGGGUCCAUUGAUCAUUUCGAAAUCUACAAGUGCUCAUUCGCUGAUAAGGAUAUGAGGCGUUAUUAUUCUCGUAUAAAACUAUUUGUAUUACUAUUUGUGGAGGGAUCUAGCUUUAUUGAUGACGAAGAUGAUAAUUGGGAAAUUUAUACAACAUAUAAACGAGAAGAUGUCAACAAUACAUAUGCUUACCAUUUCAUAGGCUACUGUGCUGCCUAUCCUUUCUGGUGUUGGCCAGAAAAUAUUCGAAUGCGCAUUAGUCAAUUUCUCAUACUCUCACCUUUCAAAAAGCAAGGCCACGGCAGCAAACUCUAUCAAACCAUUUACCAGUUGGUUAGAGCAAAGCAAGACAUUUGUGAAAUGGCUGUUGAAGAUCCCAACGAUGAAUUUUCAGAUAUGAGAGACAAAAAUGAUCUACGCUUUUUUUUGAAAUGUGAUGCUUUCAAAGGAUUAAAAGCGCCUGUUCCUGAGAAUAAGAUCAACGAAUUACAUGCGAAGUAUAAGUUAACAAAUCGACAAACACAACGUGCUUUAGAGAUGUAUUUAUUAUCAAAGUUAAACAAACUGAACCAUGUUGAAUAUAAAACAUAUCGAUUACAAGUCAAAAAGCGGUUAUAUUUGGUCAACUAUGAUGUUCUUCAGGAGAUAGAAGAAGAGGAGCGAAAAGAAAAAUUGGAACAAACGUAUCUGAGCAUUGAAGAAGAUUAUCAUCGUCUUUUAGAGCUUGUUUAA